UAGACCCGAUUGGUGUGCGACUUUACGACGAUUCGACGCCGAAGUUCCCUUCACCGAACAACAACCUCACAAUUUUGUUGGAGAAGAGCUAUGAGUUUACUGUUAAAAUCUCGCUGAGGAAAAAUUAGUUUUAAAAACUACGUCGCACCGUGAGGGUUUACGCUUGACUCUCGUCCGUUCCCGGAUAUUUUUUCUUAUUUUUAUUUAACUCCAACGGGUAUCGCACCAAUUUAGGCUGGAUCAUCUUGUGUAUAUAUAUUUUUUUGUCUAUCGCUCCAACGUCUUUUUGGGUAUAAGUGUAAUAACUGGAAGAUUUUCUUGUCGCAAUGCGAAUAGUUUCUUAAAUGCCAGACAGAAUGGGUGACUUAGAUAAAUGCAUUAUCGAGGAAUACGCAAAAUGUCGAGCAUUCUACGAUAAGAGUCAUCCGAAUUUUAAAGAUAGAGUACACACCGAAAAGGCAUGGAUGGAAAUCGCGGCCAAAUUGGGCUACAAUGCCAACCUCUUGAAGGAACGAAUGUACCAAUUGAGGAAUCGAUACAAUCUGGAGAAGCGGAAAUUGGAGACAAUGCGACAGGAGGGUGAGGAACCAAGAUGCACUUGGGCCCUAUACAAUCUUAUGACAUUUCUGGAUGGUCACAUUCGCCCCAGAAAAUCCUAUAAAGCCAUGAUGCGUCGUAAUCAACAACGGCAGCAAGGCAAUCAUAUGCCAUCAAUAACGCGACAACACCAGCAAUUUAUAGACUCUAUCGCGGGCAAUUCAGAGUGCAGUCUAUUUGAAUUGCAACGACAGCAGCAGGAGAACUAUCAAAAGAUGGUCAACGAGGCACCGGCUGAAGUUAAAGCGGAAUACGUCUAUGACUCGUACGGUCCAAUCGUUGACGAAAUAGAUGAGGAAGACGUUGCAAAUCAACAAUCACCGAAUGGAGUGGAGAAUUUUAUAAAUCCCACCGUUUUACUAGGUGCGGACGAUUCAAAAGACGAAACCGCCGAGAAUAGUGAGCAGAAACAGAGUGCCAAUGUAUCGGAAUUAUCGCAACCGCAAGCAAGCACCAGUCAACCGACACCCUACAUAAAUGUCCGCCAUGUGGAUGGAAUGAAACGCAAACAUAGCGAAAUAUCUGGCCAUCAUCAUGAUCAAUUCUAUCUGCAGAAUCAACUGCUGGCUCGACAAAAUCUCGAGAGACGCACGGACAAAUUUAACGCCUUUGGCCAUUUCAUGGCGACGUCGCUGGCCGAAAUGCCGGAACACCGAGCCCUGGAGCUGGUGGCCAAGUUCACAAUUCAGCUGGUGAAUGCACUGGGUGAGAAACACUGAGAUUUGCGUCUCCAGCAUCAUGUUUUCCAUAUUCUGGCAGGGAAUAUAUGCAAAUGCUGCCACCAUUGGCUGAUGGAGGCCCCAAACAGUAUUUACUUCGCAUCAACCUUAAUUUAGUGUCCGUGUCUUUUUUAUAUAAAAAAAAACUUAUGUAUUAAUGUUAACUCAUGAAGAGAGUUAAUAAAUCCUCAAAGUAAAAUUCUCAA